AUGGCGAGGCAGAUUGGGUUUGAGAAGGAGUUGGUUGGUGGGAACGAUGGCGUGUGUGAGACUGCUUGGGAGAUUCUGUUUUGCCAUGGGCAGUACCAGAAACCGGACGACAUGGAGGAGGCGCAUGCAGACAGACGGAAGUCGCAGAACAAUGCGAUCCUGAUCCGUGAUAGCGAGUCCGAUGACGAUUCUGACGAUGGCCGAUCCGACAUGUCUUUCGCGUCGCUUGACGAGCUCGUCGCGGCUGCAUCCAAGAAGCUUGAAUCCAGCGGUGUUGCUAGUGCAGGCGAAAGUCGCGACACUGUUCCCGACGAUAUCGACGUAUCAAAGCCUUCGGUCAUCAGUGAGCCUGGCCCAGACGAUGAGGUUGCAGACGAGCAGCAACAGAGAGAUAGCCUAGGGCCUUCUCCAGAGACGUUGUCUGACUCUCCCCGGUCGUCUGAAAAGCCGUGCGGAACGACGUCGAAUCACGACGGUUCCAUAUGCCUUGGCAGCGAAGAAUGGGAUUGGCCGUUCCCAUUUUCCUUCGCGGUGAUCCGGCAGAAACGUGCCGCUCAGUCGCAAUCCAUGUUGGACCCUCAUAGUCCACGCCUAGCUGCCUCUGGUCUUGGGUUUGAGUCAUAG